AUGGUUCAACAAGACACAGGUGAGGCUAUAGGAAGCCUUAUUUCUGGGAAGCUUCCAAGCUCCUCGGAAGUAAUGGACGCAAAAAGAACUACAUCGACGCUCAGAGACUUUCUUUUGAAACUCGAUCAGGCCAGAGAGUGGAUAUGCUCAGUCGCGGAGGUGAGUAUGGAUAUUACAGCAUUCCGGGAAGAUCUGCCCAAGGCAGAGAUACUUGCCAGGGUGGUACAGGCUUUUGAUCCUUCGUUUGUAAAGAGAAUCUAUGUGUCAGCAGUGAGAGAGUUCCGCCACACGGAUAAUAUUAUGCUUUUUCUCAACUGGUGCAAGAAGAUUAAACUGAGAAGACACUUUCUAUUUGAAACAGUGGAUCUAUAUGAGUCCAAGAACAUUCCAAAGGUGAUAUACUGCAUCCAUGGGCUGGCGCUAUUUCUGAAUAAGAGAGGAAUGGGCCGGGGGAUUGUCGUCAAGAAUGAUGUGGUCUUCACCUAUGCAGAGAACAGCUUGUUUGCCGAAGAUCUAAACAACAUUUCCAUGCAAAAGUAUGAUGAUAUCCACACCAAGCUUGAUUCGGAGGACACAAAUGAUUGUGAGAAUGUGCUGGAUAAGGAAAUAAGUGAGGACCAGAUUAGGGCAUUUGCAAAGACACUUGUCUGGUGUAGAGGGUUCAAUUCGCUUGUUACUGGUGAUAAUUUGUCAGUCCCCAUUCUUCGUAAAUUUAUUGACUUUGAUUUUAAGGGUGAGAGUGCCAGUCAAACCAUAGCGGAGCUGCAGAACGAGAUUGUUGAUUUCUUCAAACAAAAUAGCAUAAAAGAAACUGAAAAGGACAGCCUUAUUCACACAAUAAGAUUGCUUCAUGAGAACCUAAAUCAACUGAGGAACGUUCCUGUCGUUACCUAUCCAUCGGCAAAUGACUAUAAGAUCAUUAAGAAAAUACUCUACAGGCUUAUCCACGACUAUAAGCUGUGUUUUGAUAUUCUGUGUACAGGGUUUGAGUUGCCCUUCAGGACGCUCUUUCCAGACAAUGUGAUCGGGGAUUUUCAUUUCUCAAAAUUCAUAGCUUUCAACCUUAACAACGAUCAAGAUAAGCUUGUUGAUAUUGCUAGAUCGCACUUUGUUUCUUCUCGAAUAUUCAGAAAUGUUGCUGAGGCAUAUUCUACAAAUAUAACUUUUGAAAUGAAUCCCAUCUCCAUUAGGAAUUACUUAAUGAAUAAAGAGGCCAAGAGCGCAGCAUCGAAAGCUCUUCUCGACGAGGCUAUUGACGAUAAGGCAGUAAGGAGUGAAAUUCUAAAACGAUCACAGUCCAUCAUUGAAUUUAUCGAUUCCAAGUUCAAUUUCCUGAUAAACCUUGAUCUGCCUUAUUAUGUUAGGGCAUUUGCCAAGCAUCCUUUCUUCUUUGAAUACUUUAUUGAGCCAGCAAUAUUCUCCUCGGGCAAUUCUGUCAUUGCCGAACUUAUGAACUAUAUAUUCUCCUCAUGUGACUCGCCAAGCUCCCAGGAGCGUCUGUACAAAGAUAACUUGGAGUUCGUGAAGACUACCAACAUUGAUUUCUCAGACUAUGCACCCCUAAAGGAGUAUUUAGAUGAGUGUAGAAAAACAUUCAAGGCUGCCCUUAUCCGUUCGCAAGCUAUCGCUAGUGAUGUAAACGACUAUUUCAUCCAGCAUGCAUCGGUUGGAGAUUUGUUGCAGGUAGAAACUUGCAUCGAAGAGAUCAACAAUAUCAUUUUGAUUCUCAAAGGCACUACGAAGCUUAUGAGCGAGGAAAUGGUGCAUCUUGUUAACAAACUUGAGCUCAUGAAUGUGCCGUCUUCCAGCUCAAUAAAGAUUGGUGUUUACAGCCAGCUGGAUAGUGCCAGAAUGGAUGCAUCUGUUCAGGUUAAUGGUCAAGUGGCUCCUAUGACUCGUGACGGCAGCAAGGGGGAUACUGCAAUUGAACAAGCAAUCUCUACCACAUACAGCGAUACUACUAGCAUGAGCGACGCUGAGAAGUAUCGCGAGGUUGAGUUUACCUCAGAGCACCCUUUUGAAACAUCUGUUCCGCAAUCUGCAUCUGAAAAAUUUGUCCUUAAACUCGACAAUCAGUAUUCCUCUGAACUCGACGAAGAAUACAAUCUGGCAUUAAACGCAGUACUGAAGGAUCUUAAAUACAGAUUGAUGAUACUCAUUUCAAUGUCAGAGGGCAGAACCCUCGAUGCCGUUCUCAAUGAGACUUUUAGCGAUGGCUAUGCAUCGGCCCCAGUCUUCUCUGAGCUUGAUAUACAAUCCAUAAAGGAUUCUGUUAUUAAUGAUAUUAGUCUACUAAAAAAUAAGGGCAUAUUCAAGGGCAACAGUGGGCACUACAGUCUCCUUCAAAUGAUUGCCUCCGACAUUCUCACAUGCAAAUACAGACUCCUCCACAAGGAAAUUACGAUGAAUCUCGAAACCUCUGAUGCACUGUUUCACAAAGGCGCUAUGCUUGACAGAUACCUACAAAAUCUAUACCGCUAUUUAAAUGAUUUUACAACAGUGAUGUUUGUGAACAAGAGUGGAAUAUUCUUUAAUCGGGAGGUAAGGCCGUAUACUAAAUAUGGGACAUAUUUAAUGCCUCUCGAGGCCUUCCGUGCACAGGUGUAUGAAAACCUGAAUAUCAAACACAUGUACUUGAAGAUUUCUUGCAGAGUGCCUAUGGUGUUUAACAUAUCUGUGUACCUUGGAGACACGAGACUGUGCGAUCCUAUUGAUGUGCGAUUUGAUACUCUUUUGAGGAUGCGCGAGGGAAAUAUGCUAUGUUUUGAUGUGAACGAGGUGUGCUGCCUCUCCGUUGGGUCUACUAUUGAAAUUAUCAACGAAAAGUAUAUUAAUUAUUAA